AUGAUAAUCAAACACAUUUAUCGCAACACAUCUGGAGGUGAUUUUCAAUACAGGGUUGUCGGUUAUAUCGAUGAAAGCGCAGUAGUUUACACGGUUCAGCCCUGGUCCUCCUACACUUCUACACCAAGCCGGCAACGUUCAUCGGAUACCGGUAGCAAGCAACAAAAGAGUUCUCUCCAACUGGAUGGUGAGUCGCUGAAUGGUAUGAGUUUCGGACCGCAACAUAUUGCCUCAAUGCGAGUGACAGAGUCGCUGAAUGGUAUGAGUUUCGGACCGCAACAUAUUGCCUCAAUGCGAGUGACAUAUGUCCACUCGGGGAAUUACGAACCGACCGUAGAACGCGUCCCGUUGGCGGUCACCGUACCCAGUCUGACUGGCGAGCUGCGAACAGAGCGGGUGAAACGCUCGGCACAAUUGAUUUCUCCAAACCGACAAGGAGUAGUGCGACCUGGAAAACGUCGAGCUGCCGGACGCGGAGUUGGGGACCGUCGAAGUCAGAGACAUCGUCGACGACCAAAACAAUUUAUCUCAGAGCUCCAGCUCGAAUUAUCGAUUAGAAUCGUUCGAUUAUAUGAUAGGGUCACGAGCGGAGCUCUUCAGUCUGGUGUCACUUUUCGCGUCCCAGCCUUCUCCUACGUUUGCCUACGUGCGGAAGAUUUGCUCACCACAGAUGUUCUACGUGCGGUUCGCAGCGAUUUAGUCAAUUUGUUGUUCGAUGUGAAGGUUGCACCGAGUCAAGGUGUUCUGGUUCGCCGUUCAACACUGCAACGCCUCAUGCUUCUCCAUCCAGAUUAUCGUCCGAUUCACACGAACAAAAUGUUCGGCAAUCAAGCACCCAUUAGUUUGAUGGAACAUGUAGAGCUCACUGUGGCCGAGGAACGAUUGCGUUUGGAAAAAGCCCAACUCGGUUCAAUUCAGCUAGCUGAUCUGGAAUGGUCCGACGUGUGUUACGUGAACCAGAGACGGGAUAGAACGAGCGAUCUGAUCGGCCUGAAACAAGUGGGGCGUCAGGACUUUCCCACCGUCUACAUGAACAUUGAAAUUGGACCUCCAGUUGCCCUAGCCCUCAGCGAGCGAAUGGAUCCAAACGUGAUCUUGCGUGUUCAGGAGACCGCUCCACACGUGGUCAUUACUCCGUUACAUCUAAACUAUGCCCUGGAUGAGGUUACCAGUACAGGUUCUACGGUACUGGUUGAUGGGACCGGGGGAUACGCCGGACCCCGGCCGGAACCAAGUGGCCCAGAUCAGGUUGUCUACACGAUCACACAAGCACCAAGAUUUGCUGACCUGGCGGACAACGAACAAAGUUCAUGGACUCAUGAAGCGGGACGGCUUGUUAGUCUGAGCGCAGUCACAGCCAGUUCACAUGUGGGAGAUAUGAAACUGCAACCAGGAUUGGCAACCAGUCUGCGUGAAGCCGAACCGCCAAGUGUGAUUCAGUUUACUCAACGACAAAUUGAUGAAGGUGAUAUUGUCUACGUGCCACCCACAGCAGAUAUCGGUAUAUCGGAUUAUAUAUAUGGGAUGACGCUAUCCGGCACUUUAAAAAUGGCCAGCAUGACCGAUCCUGAUCCGAAAUUCCCCUAUCAAACAGUCGCAAAGAAGCCUGUUUGCUGCAAAUCCGAUUGGAAACAUUUACGGUUGUGCAUUUGUUCUACGGAAACCACAAACGAGACCAACAAGAGUAGCACCCCAGAAAAUAGUCUCAUAUCCAAAUUGGCCUGGCGCUUCAAUACGGGAUUCUAUCCUACGGAUUUCAAUCUAUCUAGGAUGUUUUGGAAACGGACGGCUCUACACCGGUACACAUUCAACCUGAUUAUCCGAAUGACACCACUCGAUCGUUUCGUUACCGUGCAUUAUACAGUCUCCGGACCGGGCGGUGUACGACUGCCGGAUCGACGUAUCCGCAUUCUGCUUGUGGCUGAAGACAAUCAAACACCAACUAUUGAGGUGGUCAAAACUCUGGAAGUUCAACGAGACGGAGAACUCUAUUUGGACCCUCAAGUUCUAGUCAUUCGUGAUAUAGAUACCCCGGAGGAGCGUUUAACCGUCCAAUUCGAACGAUUGCCCCGCUACGGACAGAUUCAUAUUCUACCCGAUCCGUCUAAAUCGAAUGUGAGUGAACUCGGUGCCGUGGGCAGAAAACUUCCGGUUCGUUGGUUCAAUCAGGGACAGAUAAGUUACCGACAAUCAGGAAUCAAUGUCAAACUGGACGAUUUCAUUCUGACCGUGUCGGACGGAAUACAAAUGUCUCAGGCUCUUCGAGUGCCGCUACUCAUCAGACCGCGUGUUUUACACGAACGAAAAUGGAAUCAACUCGUCAAUCACUCGGUUCUGGUUCCGGAGAACGGGACUGAGACACUCUACCCGACCAUAUUUCCAUCGCUUGAAACCGAGGAAGGGAUUGACCCAGCCGCGCUGAGUUCCGGCGCGCCCCAGUACUUUUUGAUUGUGUUCCCCACCAAAGGUCAACUGAUUCUGGGCGGCAAAGGACCGGCAGUUUCACAAUUCAGCUACGAAGAUAUUCAUAAAGGUCGACUGGCUUAUCGCCAUGGUCCGGCGGAAAUCGGUCUGAAACCAAUGUUUGAUUUCGCUCGGAUUUGGGAUUUCAGUGCUGGAAAAACGUUUAGUUUGAAUUUCUCGCUGAUACCGGUCAACAGUCAACCACCUCUGAUAAAAGCAGAAGCGCCAUUGCAGGUAGAUGAUGAUGAUGAUGAUGAUGAUAAUGAUGAUGAUGAUGAUGAUGAUGAUGAUGAUGAUGAUGAUUUCACACGCAGGUGUGCCGUAAUUGACUCACUCUCUCUCUCGCUCAUUCACUUAGCAAGCAAACGUCAACCAGAAACACAUGUAAACAUGUCACUUCGAAUUCUCACCCAUUUUGAAAUUGCUGAAUAUUUCUGUUUCUGCUUUCAGGUCAAAGAAGGUGGAAGAGCAGUGAUCAAUCAAUACACCCUGUACGCCACAGAUCCGGACACCGAGGAGAAGGAUAUCGUCAUCCAGAUCAUUCACGCUCCCCGAUGGGGUCAUAUAGGGAUUGCGGACCCCGUGGAAACUAGCACUACGGUUGCCCCUAUCAACAGUGCCACGGACAUAGUCGUAGCCGGACGGAAAGAUGUGACACAAACUAAUGACACACAACCCAUGGUGGAAUUGAAGCACACUCUGAGUUUCACCAUGGAAGCAGUGAAACAGGGACGUGUGUACUAUGUGAAUUCACGCCAUGCGGAUGGGCAAGAAUCACUGGAAGAUGUGUUCAGUGUCCGGGCAUACGACGGCAGCUUACAAUCGCCGCACACUGUCGAAGUGAAGGUAGCCAUUCAACCGACAAACGAUGAAGUGCCUCAGGUACGUCUGUUGAAACACAUAUCAGUGACUGCUGGCUCCAGACGAAUUCUCACUCCAUUCUUGUUCAGUGUGAGCGAUCGUGAUGUUCCUCGAGACCGGUUGCAAAUCCAGUUCACCCAGUUGCCUAUCUACGGCAAUCUAACUGUCUAUUGGCAACAUGGAGAGAAGUAUACCAUCACUAAGGAAAGUCCCCCCAUUACCGAGUCAUAUUUGGGUAUGAUGAAUGUAAUAUAUGUGCAAAACAAAUCUUUGCUUAAUCUACCCACGGAUAGUAAUCUACCACCAGGAUCAUUGUUGACCGUUGAUCACUUUACGGUUUCUGUAAAUGAUGGAAGUCAUGUGGUGGAACGCCAAGCUCAAUUGCUUAUCCGACCUCCAAAUCUGCAACCCCCGACGAUGCGAGUUGAUCCAGAUGCGGUGGAUGGAAUAGUACUAGAAGGUCGAUCUUGGACACGGUUAGAUCAUCGACCAGGUGGUCUGAUCAUUACCGACAAUGACACAGCCGAUGAUGACCUAGUUCUAACCUUGGUUGAGACACCCAAAUACGGAAUCAUUCAACGUUUGCCUCGGCUGGACGGAAACGAUGGUGUGGAAGUGUUGGAUUUAGUUGAGGACGCUUGGGAUUUAGAAGAGGCUCGAGUGGCCGAGGACCCCCAAGCACUGAGUCGUUUAUCCCUGGCUGGCAGUACUGGGGGUCCAAAGGCAGUAAAGGCCUUAAAACAAGGGGAUCGAUUCACCAAGCGGCAGAUCGAUGCUGGACGAAUACAUUACGUCUAUACGGGAACCUACGCUAGUCGAUACGUGUACGACAGUUGUGUGCUUCGACUGACCGACGGAGCCUAUGAGACGGCCGCAAUCAGUUUGCGAUUUCGCAUUCGCAAUACACAGGGUGGAGCAGGUGUUCAAACACUACGCUACUCACCUGCUGACCAUCUGCAACAACAACUACGACCGCUCCAAUAUCCGGACGGAGAUAGAACUGAGAUGCCCAGAACACAAGCUACAGUCGCGAAAUCUCUGAUUAUGGUAAACCAUCCGAAAUCGAGUGCAGAUGACCUCACGUACAAGCAGCAAAUGGAUCAAAGUGCACAUGUGGACACCGUUCGAAUAUCCUUUGAGUAUCCAAGCCUAGAAGCUCAUCUGAAUGAGUUCACAUUCCUUCAGUCAGACCAACUGAAUCCGGAAUCAAUUCAGUCUCUGAUAGGUUCAUCCCACGAUCCACAAACGUCCACGUUUGUUCUCGUUGGCGAAUUCCGUCCGAGCGGAGUCGGAGUGUCUAGUAUGAUUGGAACGGUGAAAACUUUGCCCUGUUCAUUGAUUCUAGUUGAUGCACAAAACCCGUUUGAUAAUGUGACCGAAAUCACUUUUCGGGAUAUUGCCACUCGACGUAUUGCCCUAUCCGCUCGCGACUGUCAAUCUCAACUGGAACACACAGUUCGCCUAUUGUUCAAAUGUGACAUAUUUGCUAUCGGAUCCAAUUCAGAACCACAAUCGGUCAUUUAUAACAGACAGGACCGGUGGAAAUUCUUCCGGGAACCGACUGGCAACUGGGACCGCAUCAAUUGCUCUCUUCCGAUAGGGACACAAAACCGACUCAUUNCUCAUUUGAUCUACACGGUCAUGUCUAGUGUGGCUCCGGGAUCUUCACGUCAACUGGGCACAUUGUUAUUAACCAAUGGCAAUGAAUCCGCCCGAGUAUUUAGUCAGUACCAAGUGAACAGUGGGCAAGUGGUUUUUGUCGCAUCCGAUGGUGUGAACAUGCUAGAAACGGAUAUGCAAGUAAUUGAAUUGCAUCUGUUUGACGCCGGGGAGUUCGUUCGCGUGUUUGAUCAGCAAACAUUGCUUCAUACAGUAGAGCAAGCGCUCAAGGUACGCCAAUCGCAUGGGACCACUGAGUUGAAUCCAUAUCUUGAAAGGCUUCAAUAUAUAGUGAACAAUCCCUCGCAGACAGUUACCAUAAAACCCAUCCGGCUGGAAAUUCGCCCAAACAAAUUGUUGUUUAAUUCGAACGCCCAAACAGACCAAAUGCGACUGCUUAUUCAACAACCACCUAGGCCGAACUCCUUGGAAACACUUUUACCUGGUCGUAUUGGAUUUCGUCUGACGGCAGCUAAUCUGUACGUUUUUCACGCGGGUACCAUUUACACCCUGAUCGGAAUGAAAGGUGCCCCAUGUGAGCUAUUUGACUUGACCGAGGCUCGACCGAUUCAACAAUUUGCUCAGCAAGCGCUCAAUCGACGUCGAGUAGCUGUCUUCAUGAAGGAUGUAAUCGAUCAGACUCCAGAUACACCGAUGACCAGUGUACAAUUACAGUUUGAAUUAUCCAAUCCGGGACUCUCUUCGAAGAAGCAAACCCAUUCACUAACACUGGAAUGGACCACUAUUGGGUUUACCCGACGAGUUUUCCGCGUUUGUGCUGAACGUGGACUACUUCAUUUGACCGUACGUCGAGACGGGUCUCCAGCAGCUUUGAAAGCUACUAGCGUGGACGCAUAUGUUGGUUUAACCACUGAUACAGCAGUAGAAGGUCGAGAUUUCAGUCUUCACUCACAAAAGCUGCUCACUUUUCAACCAGGUGAAACGCGUCAAACGAUUCUCGUUCGACUCCAUCCGAUCGAGUACUCUGGGCAUCGAAAACAAGUAUUCUAUGUGGAAUUGAAAUCCCCGACGGGCACGAUGCUGGACGCAAAUCGACGUGCAACUGUGGUGAUUCGUCAUGGACCAAAAUGCAAGCAUCGAUCGUACUUCAGUCCUCAACAGCACGAGAACCCUGUGAAACGAGACUUGGCUGUUCUGGAUGAAAUUGUCCCCGGUCAGGAAUCCAUGGCGCUGAUAAACCAUCCCGAUCAGUCGCAACAGGAUACGGCAAACAGUGCGUAUACGGACACACUUAGCGUGACCAGUACAACUCAGUCCGGCGGAUUAACACCCUUGGGAAAACCCAUCAGUUUGGCCGAAUGGCUAGCCACCAAUCAGUUGCCGGAUUCGCAAACCUUGAGUGCUUCCUAUGAGCAGUACUUAAUCAAUCAACAGUCAAACAAAUGUAUCAAAGGUCUUCAUCAACCUCAUCCUGGCAGUAUCUGGAUUUGGCACAAUUUAGAACGCGUAGGAUACACGAAUUGGAAAUCCGGAUUCCCCGUUAAUGCAAAAUGGGAUCUGACUAAGACACGGACUACCUACCCUGGUCCUGCGAAACGACCGAAACGUCCCACAGUGACUCCACGAGUGCUCGACUUGGAAUCAGUGUUCCGUAUACAGAAUGAUAUGUACUCGCAAAAAGUGGCCAUGCCGUACGGUCACGUGUUUCGAGUACCUCGCCGUACUCCGUACGGAGACUUUCCCGAUGUUUCUGUCCCAACUGGGAACGGUAGGGGACCACGGGCUUGUGUUUUGGCCAACCCCGGUCUAUCCUGGCAGAAUCGUCCAUGUCAUCGGGUGAUGCGUAUUGGUUAUGUGUGCAUGCGAAAUCCAGAAGUAUGA